GCAGUCGGGUUUUUUAAUUUUUGACUAUAAAAGGUUAAUUCAGUGGUUAGUUGCGAUUAUGAACUACUUAAAUAACUACAGUGAAUACUGUCGUGAAUUCGUGAUCCUCUUGACGUGGCUCUUUGUUGGCCAACCUUACAUGUUGUUGUAUAAGUCUCCUUAUAAAGUUCUUCCAAGUGCUUGACUCAAUAUAUAUAAGAGAAAACUUGGACAUAUUUACCGAUGGUGCAAGGCAGGCAGAGGCCAUGUAAUCGUUGCCGAUGUGCGACGCUUUUGUGAAAACACGUUCAUUGUAUGUCAUGUCUAAUUGUCUAUAGGUAUUGUCUAUUCCAGUACAGAAUAAAGUAAGCGCCAUUUAUUGACUGAGGCGCCAUCUAUAUGUCAAUUUAGCCUUACCAAAAGGAUAUAUUAAUUAUAGCAAUAUCGCACUUCAAUGUGAUUUUUUGACGCGGUCUUCCAAAUUCGCGUAAAAUUACUUCAUGGAAAAAAUGUGAGAUAUACCAACAAUUAUGUAGUUAGAUUUAUCUUUUAACUUUUGGAAUGGCCUACCAAAAAUGCGGCUAAUGUUUGUAAAUAUUGUAAAGGAAGAGCUAAGACUGAGGUCGUCGCACGAUGACAAGGAAUCAUGUAGACCUAAGUAGGUAGACAGACUGCUUUGUAUAGUGCAGUAUGAUAGUGUUGGUACAAAUAUUCGCGUUUGUUUGUUAUCUAUUUAUUUAACUGCGAGUUUGGUUGUAACUUCGAUUUAUACCUCAUGUACAGUAUUUAUAAUUUCUAUACUUAAAAACGAUGGCCGUUUUAUGAUAAACUUAUAUAGAUAUUCAGAAAUUGACAUGUAAUGUUAGUAUUCUCUUUAUUUAAGUUAAAGUGUUUCAAUGCAUUUACUAUUGUACUUUACAACUAAAGCCAAACACCGAUUAAGGCUUGUUAUUCCUUUUGUGGUCAUUCUGUAAGGGCGAAUGCGAUACUUAAUAUGCUUAAGCAGUGAUUUUACUAGUCACUAGUAAGUCCUCUUAAUCUUUUCUUAUCUUAUAGUUACUUGAGAUUGACAAUCGUCUAAAUCGCUAAAGGUAAACUUGAUUGGCCAACUCAUUGUCAUGUCCUAUCUCCUUUUUUAUAUAUCUCCGUGCAUGUCACGGAUGUCGAAGAGUUACUAAGGGAAUUCUUAAUGAAUAGGCUUAAGAAUGUCCAAACCUUCACGGAAAAUGUUGUUAUAUGCCCCUAUCAAUAACGAAUACCAUAAGAAAACCCUCAUGCGUAUCUGGUUAUUCUUUGUUUUUCAAACUUGAAGUGAAAUAAGGCAGUGGACCUGGCAAUGUGUAUUGCACUUCGGAAAUUAAUUUUCUUCUCUCAAAUUCUAUUUAACUACUGUUUCACGCAAUAUGUGUAUUCUGUCUGUUAUCUAGGAAAGUGGCUUUAUUACUUGCAUGGUUUCAAAUGCUAAAACUAAGAAUUGGAACGAAAUUUCUGCAACCAUCAGUUGUUGCAACAGUACAACAUAAACAUAUCUGAAUAGCUACAAACUAACUGUACAGAAAAUAAAUGAUUUGAUUCAGGAUGAACAACUGGAGCUCAAAAUAACGUCAGUUACUGCGCACCGUCUGACAAUAGAUCGGUUUUUCUUCAGCGCUUUCGCCCCGUUGAUUGCAUUUUGUUGCAGGCUUAACAAAGGUUAGCAAUAUUACGAUAUGUCACAUGCAUGACAUGUCACCCUUAGCUUUCCAAAAUCAAUAGAACCGUAUGUUCUUUGUUUUAUAUUUUGAUGCGCGGUUCGGGUCUGGGCCUUUGUUACAGGGCCUUAUAAUUUACCUGUGCAGUUUUAACUGUACAGUUAAUAAAUCGUAAGGUUGUUUGAAGCUACGACUUAACUGUACAUUUAAUACUGCACAGUCAAAUCAUCAUUAGGUACUCAGAAUUGGGUAGUUUCCUCAGUCAAAAAUAUGUUGUUUCGACUUUUCAAUGCAAUAAAAUAUUCAAAAAUAAUUACACUUUCAUGUAUAGAUUACAAGGUCUAUUUAAUUUUCGUCUUAUUCUAGCAAUUUUUGAAAUAAGUCUGCUGUAUGAAGUAAAAUUCUGAUGACGUUAUAACGCACUAUUUCAUACAAAAUUAAUAGAAAAUAUCGUUCAUCACGUUUCGAAAAAAGUAUUGAAAUAUUGACUUGUAAGAAACUACCCUAAUUGAGCCAUGUUAUGCAAUAACCUGUUAACCCACAAAAAUAUGAAUUUUAAGUUAACGCCAUCUAGCUUUUGUAGGCUGUCUCCUGAACCCUUCAAAAAAUGUUGAGGCAUGUACUAAAUUUAUAAAAACGCCAUCUAGCAAAAAUAUGUUCCUGCAGUUUGCGGAACUAGUCUUCAACAAUUUUGCAAUAAUCGAUUACAAACCUGUCACGACACGCGCGCUUUUCUUCUGUGACAAUUACUUUUAAAAUUUUGUUUUCGUUGAAUAAGGGGCCUUUCAGUGAAAUUUUAUGUAAGUGUAGUAUUGUGUAAUAUUCAUUAAACUGUGGGUUGUGUGAAUUUCAUCAUUUUACAAGAGUUUUUAAGUACCUACUUGUUGCAACAAGGCACAAGGUAUAUAACAUGAACUCUAGGGCACAGAAGCUUGUCGCAAUGGCUCGUGACGAGCAUUUAUGUAAUAAAAACGAUGAAAAAGAAGAAUCUGAAGAAGAAGAAUCUUCCUACAAUGGAGCCGUAACAACUUUAGCACAGUUGAAACAGGAUUUACAUCUUAAGCGUCAUAAUACUGCUUCACGUUCGUUAACUUAUAAACAUUUUGAGCGUGACUUAAGCUAUAAUGAUUUAAAUGUAAGUAAUAUAGAAGAGUCUAUAGAUACUUCUCAGUUAAUACAUCUGGAUGAUUUAGACAUUGUUCCUAACAACCUUUCUAGUAUGUUUAAUGAUUACGAUGACGAAGGAAACGAAAUUAUCGCGGAAAUAGAAGUAGUAACUUCUAAUACUGAUAACGUUGUUCAAGAUUCCAUAGAUAUGUCUGCAACACAACUGACUGAAAAUGAUAAUCAAUCGAACAUUUUAAACUGUAUCGAACAACCACAAUCAAGUCGUGAGAAUGCGCAGCAAUUAGAGAGAAAUAAUAUCGGUAGACCCAAGCGCGGAAGAAAAAGAAAAGUAGAAGACCAGCCUAGAAAAGAGCGAAAACGAAGAGCCAAUGUAAACGAAAAGUAUAUCAGUGCGAAAGGAAAAGAAGUAUUACCAAAAGAAUUCGACAGUACAUACCAUUGUGAUUGCAAAAAGAAAUGCACAACGAUCUUGUCAGUUGAUAGCCGGAAACAAGUAUUUGAUCAAUUUUGGUCUCUUGGGUCAUUCGAAGGUCGAUGUGCUUUCAUUUGUGGUAAAGUAACACAAACUCAUAAAGCUAGGACGUAUACUUCGUCAAAUUCAAAGAGAAUAUAUUCACGAAAAUAUAUGCUUUGUGAUACCGAAAUAUGCAAACAAACGUUUUUGAAAACCUUAGGUAUUUGUCAAAGUAGAAUCGAUGUAGCGAUGCAGAAAAAUAAUAGAUCAUCUAAUUUCAAAGACAAUAGAGGAACAGCUAGUGGUGGCAAAAAUAAAAUCAAUGAAGAUGACAUUAAUCUAAUAGUGGGCCAUAUUGAUUCGUUUCCCAAAUAUAUUAGCCAUUAUUGUAGAGGUAAGACUGAUAGUCGUUAUUUGAAUACUGAACUCAACCUAUUAAAAAUGUACGAUUUAUUCAAAGCUAAAUAUCCGACAAAUGAAAACCUACCGAGUCUUGCAACUUAUAAGAAAAUAUUUUAUGAAAAAUUUAACCUCAGAUUUAAAGCCCCAAAAAGUGACACAUGUAAAACUUGUGACACUUUUGCAGCUAACAUAAAAUCAUUAACAGGCACAGAAGCUGAAGAAGCUAAAAAGCAACGAGAUUUGCAUAUUAAUAAAGCAUCAGAGCUUAGAAAGCAAAUGAAUGCAGAUCUGAAUUUGGCGUCAGAGAAAAAUACUGUAGAAACACUUACUUUUGAUAUGCAAAAAACCCAUCCACUUCCAAAAAUACCUACUAAUAUAGCUUAUUACAAACGGCAGCUAAAUUUGUAUAAUUUAGGGAUUUAUAUAGGAAGUAGCAAACGCUCAAUUUUUAACUUAUGGCUUGAAAAUGAAGGUGGAAAGGGUACUCAAGAAGUUGGAUCCUGCUUGCGAAAGUACAUUUUGAGUAACAUAAAAUCCCCAGUAACGGAUCUAAUCUUAUGGGCAGAUUCAUGUGGAGGCCAAAAUCGUAGUAUUAAGUUAGUUCUUAUGUUAAUACAUACCAUGCAACAUCACACAUCUUUACAAUCGAUUACAUUGCGGUUUCUUUUGUCAGGGCAUAGCUUCCUACCAAAUGAUGCCAAUUUUGGUGUUAUAGAAUCUCAGUUGAAAACGCAACAAAGGCUUUACACUCUAGAAGAUUAUGCAGAAAGUAUUCAGAAGUCAAAGAAGAAUAAGAAGUUUGAGGUUUCGAGAAUGAUACCCUCCGAUAUGCUCUCUGUCAGGCCACUAGAACAGGCUAUAACAAACAGAAAAGUUGACAGUGCCAAAAACAAAGUUAAUUGGUUGAAACUGCAUGAGAUAGUGAUAGAAAAACCAUUUCCCUAUAUUUUGAAAGUCAAAACUGAUAUUGCGCAAGAAGAUGCUCAGAUAGUUAAUCUUGAGAAGGCAGGGAAAGGCCGUAAGCCUGUGCUAAAGAAUAUUAAUUUGUCCGAAUGCUGGCCAAAUGGAAAGUCUUUGAGUGUAGAAAAAUUAAGAGAUCUAAAAGACUUAAUGAAACUGAUACCGAGAGACGCUAAACCAUUUUAUGAUUUCUUAAAACAUACUCCAGGUGUUUCUAUUGAUGAAGAUAUAGAUGGAUAUCAUGUUGAAGAUAUUGAACAGCUAUCAGAGGAUGGAGAAGACUGAUCUCUUAUUUUUGAUUAAUUAUUUACCGCUGUGAUUUCUUAUCGAUCUCAAUUUUGUUGAUUUUUUCAAGUUUAUAAUUAUGUUCGUAAGUUUGCUGCAUUUUUUGUUACCUUGUUCUACUUGUUCCACUGUUGGAAAAACGUCUCCCCCAUUUUCUUAAUGAUUUUUAUUAAUUAACAAUAAUAUGUCAAGGACUUGCAAAACAUUUUAGCACUUAAAAAUGCUCUGGUAAAAUUUUGCAAUAAACUAUUUGGGCUUAUAUGUUUAUUUCAAAAAUCUUAAUAUCUUGAUUGUAAUUUUGCAAUAAACAAUUCAUCAUUA